AUGUAUGAUUUAACAGAAUAUGAAGGCUUAACGAUGUCAGAUGUAAAGAAAGGCAAACCAAAAAAGAGACCAUAUAGAGAUGAAAGCACACUGACAAAUGACCAGAAAGCCAUUUUGGAAGCUCUUAAGCAAACAGGAAACCCAGCACUUAUAGAAAGCUUUUGGAAAGAUAAUGGUGAAAAGAAGUUUUAUAAGAAGAGAAGCGGUCAGUUCUGGAAGUAUCUUUGCACAUUACCUAUAAAUCUUGAGCGCUACCAAAUCUUCAAUGAAUUGAACAAAAGAACUGCAACACUUAUGACAGAAGAUAACUGCUUCGUUUAUGCUUGCAUUCAGGCUGGAGUAAAUGAAGAAACUAUUGACCACAUGAGAGAAGUCAUUCGUGUUAGAGACUUUCCUCAAAGUAAAGUACAAGAAAUUUCUGACGCAACAGGUAUAGCAUUUAAUGUUACCAUUGGUUAUUUCAAUGACUCAAGACAUAAUGAAAUAAAGAGAUACAUACCAAAAGAAUGUGAAACUGUUAGAACUAUUGACUUACUUCUUGUUGAAGACCACUACAUGCUAAACGAAAGAUUACCAAUGACAACAUAUUUCAUUCACAACUAUAUAGAAAUUCUCAAAGCUUGUGGUGGAAUGAACAUUGAGAAACAAAUGAAGAUUUAUACAAAGAGAGAAGAUAAAUAUGUAGUUCGUUAUGAUAGAACAACACCGUUAUGGGAUGUUAUGAAAACAUUGUGGGAGUGCAAAUAUUUUGAACCUAUUUCUUAUGGAGAACUUUUCACAUAUACUACUGACUUAUAUAAACAGAACCUUGCACCAUUUAAAGAUUUGACAUAUGCUCCAAAGUAUUGUGUACAACUGAAGAAGAAAGCAGAGUCAAAAGAA